UUCGCUCUUCUGACCCUCCCACUACUUCCCGUCCUGAUCGCCGGCCGAAACAAACGCCAUAUGCAUAUAAAAAAAUCGUGGCUUUCGAAGGGGGGAAAGCUUUUAAUAAACUCUGACCCCUAGCUCGGAAUCCCUCCAGCGCAAAAAAAAAAAAAAAGGUCGCGAGGGGCGGGGCGGAGAUGGAGGAGUUCCUGAGGAAGAACUUCGAUGUGCCGCCGAAGAACCCGUCGGAGGAGGCGCAGCGCCGGUGGCGGAGCCAGGUGGGGAAGAUCGUCAGGAACCACCGGCGGCGGUUCCGCAUGGUCCCCGAUCUCGACAAGCGCUCCGAGUCCCAGGCCAAGCAGCGCAAGAUCCAGGAGAAAAUUCGAGUCGCCCUCUAUGUACAACAGGCUGCUCUGCAAUUUAUUGAUGCUGCUAAAACUGAAUAUCAGAUUCCAGAAGAGGUUAGGAAAGCUGGUUUUUAUAUCAAUCCUGAUGAACUGGCAUCUAUUGCACGUGGACACAACACCAAGAUCUUGAAGAUCCAUGGAGGAGUUGGUAGGUUAGCAAGAAAACUAUCUGUCUCACUAGAAGAUGGCAUCAAAACAAGUGAUUUAUCCAUUAGGCAGAAUAUUUUUGGCGUCAACCAAUAUGUAGAGAAGCCCGCAAGAAACUUCUGGAUGUUUGUAUGGGAUGCAUUGCAUGACUUGACAUUAAUUAUUCUUAUGAUAUGUGCUUUGCUUUCCGUGGUUGUCGGACUUGCAACAGAAGGGUGGCCAAAGGGUAUGUAUGAUGGGCUUGGAAUCAUACUCAGUAUUUUCCUGGUAGUCAUAGUUACUGCAGUCAGCGACUAUAAGCAAUCAUUGCAAUUUCGAGAUUUAGAUAGAGAAAAGAAAAAGAUAUUUAUUAAAGUGACAAGAGAUGGUUACAAGCAAAAGGUUUCUAUUUAUGAUGUGGUAGUUGGAGACGUUGUUGAUCUAUCAAUUGGAGAUAUAGUUCCUGCUGAUGGAAUAUAUAUAUCUGGAUAUGCCUUGUUGAUAGAUGAAUCAAGCUUGUCUGGAGAAAGUGAGCCAGUGUAUAUUUCUCAUGAAAACCCUUUUGUGCUGGCUGGGACUAAAGUGCAAGAUGGGUCUGCUAAAAUGCUAGUGACUUCUGUUGGUAUGAAGACAGAGUGGGGAAAUUUAAUGGAGACUUUAACUCAGGGUGGGGAUGAUGAAACACCUUUGCAGGUUAAGCUAAAUGGUGUUGCGACAAUUAUUGGGAAGAUUGGUUUGGCAUUUGCCACAUUAACAUUCUUAGUCCUGUUAGUGAGGUUUAUAGUGGACAAGGCCAUUCAUGUUGGCAUACUAAAUUGGGCUCCGGAUGAUGCUUUAAAUAUACUGGAUUAUUUUGCAAUUUCUGUUACUAUAAUUGUUGUUGCAGUUCCUGAAGGACUACCUUUGGCUGUGACAUUGAGUCUUGCAUUUGCAAUGAAGAAGCUGAUGGAUGAGAAGUCUCUUGUGAGACACCUAUCAGCCUGUGAGACAAUGGGAUCUGCUAAUUGCAUUUGCACUGAUAAAACGGGUACUCUGACAACUAACCAUAUGGUAGUUGAUAAGGUAUGGCUCUGUGAAGUAUCUAAAUCAUUUAGAGGCAAGGAAACUGCUAAUGAUUUGAGAGGUGCGAUGUCAGAAAAUGUUAUAGACAUCCUUCUGCAGUGUAUAUUUCAAAAUACUAGUUCAGAGGUGGUAAGAGGAACAGAUGGUAAAAACACCAUUCUGGGUACACCGACUGAAACGGCAUUUCUGGAAUUUGGCUUGGAUUUGGAAGGACUUUUUGAUACCAAACAUCGAGAUUGCAAAAAGUUAAGAGUGGAGCCCUUUAAUUCAGUUAGGAAGAAGAUGUCUGUCCUCAUUUCAUUACCUGGUGGGGUAAUUCGAGCUUUCUGCAAAGGUGCAUCAGAAAUUGUACUACAGAUGUGCGACAAGAUAAUUGAUAGUGAUGGAAACACAGUCUCAUUAUCUGAUGAGCAGAAAAAGAAUAUUGCAGAUGUCAUUAAUACUUUUGCCUGUGAAGCAUUAAGAACGCUUUGCUUGGCCUUUAAGGAUAUGCAUGGCGAUCAUAAUGGAGAAGAAAUUCCUGCUGAUGGUUACACAUUAAUAGCUGUUUUUGGCAUUAAAGAUCCAGUGCGGCCAGGUGUCAAGGAUGCAGUUCAGACUUGUAUAGCUGCUGGUAUCAAAGUGAGGAUGGUGACAGGAGACAAUAUUAAUACAGCUAAAGCCAUAGCUAAAGAGUGUGGCAUAUUGACAGAGGAUGGUUUAGCUAUAGAAGGACCAGAAUUUCGCAGCAAGAGCCCUGAAGAAAUGAAGGAAUUAAUACCUAAAAUUCAGGUCAUGGCUCGAUCUUUGCCUUUGGACAAACAUACCUUGGUGACAAACUUGAGGAAAAUGUUUAAUGAAGUUGUUGCAGUUACUGGUGAUGGAACUAAUGAUGCACCAGCAUUGCAUGAGUCGGACAUUGGUCUAGCAAUGGGUAUUGCAGGCACAGAGGUGGCAAAAGAGAGUGCUGACGUGAUCAUAAUGGAUGACAAUUUCUCUACCAUUAUUAAUGUAGCCAAAUGGGGUCGUGCGGUUUACAUAAAUAUCCAGAAGUUUGUACAGUUCCAAUUGACAGUUAAUGUGGUUGCUCUGAUGGUCAAUUUUGUUUCUGCAUGCAUCACAGGGAGUGCUCCACUCACUGCUGUCCAGUUGCUCUGGGUCAACAUGAUUAUGGAUACACUCGGUGCUUUAGCAUUAGCAACGGAGCCUCCAAGUGAUGAACUGAUGAAAAGACCACCUGUUGGGCGGGGAGAGAACUUUAUCACCAGGGUCAUGUGGAGAAAUAUCAUUGGUCAGAGUUUAUAUCAGUUGAUUGUACUUGGACUUCUCAUGUUUGAUGGGAAACGGCUUUUGAAAAUCAGGGGUCCAGAUGCUGAUUCAGUUCUCAAUACAUUCAUAUUCAACACAUUUGUGUUUUGCCAGGUCUUUAAUGAAAUAAAUAGCCGGCAGAUGGAAAAGAUUAACGUGUUCCGUGGAAUAUUCAGCAGCUGGAUCUUUUCAGCUGUCUUAGCUUCCACUAUCAUAUUCCAGGUAAUAAUAGUGCAGUUCCUUGGUGCUUUUGCAAGCACGGUGCCGCUGAGCCCACUGCUAUGGUUGCUCAGUAUACUGAUUGGAGCCAUCGGCAUGGUCUAUGCAAUCAUCUUAAAGUGCAUUCCAGUAGAACUAAACAAGCAGCCGGUUUGCGAUCAAAAUGGUUAUGAGCCAAUCCCUAGUGGUCCAGAAGGGGUGUAAGGAAACAAAGUGAGUUGUUCAUCAUUUCAUAAUAUCAUGGUUUAUAGAUGUUUUAGGAGCUAUUCAAUUAUUAUAAUAUACGCACUAUAUUUCAAAUCAUCAUUCCAUGCUUACAAACUCCCACUGUUUUGCAAGGGUUUUGUUUGGAUGUGAUGGUUUCUAGUUCGAAUUAGUUGAUGAAGUCAAUACUAAUUUGGAAAGGUUGCUUUUGCGAUUCUGUUUUCUUGCUGUAAAACAGAAAAGAAGUAAAAAUCUUUUUGGCAGUUAAAUAUUGACUUUUUAUGUUUAUGCAUCUACUUGAGUAGAAUUUGAUGAUAAAUUGUAGAUUAUUAGCACUUGCUUUCUGUGGUGA